AUGUCCCAGCGGAUCUACAGGACCGGCUGCUGGCAGAGCGACCCGUAUCACGGAUCUGAGGAGAACGGAGGGCCCACCCACCCACCGCAGGAUGACUGCUCUGCGCGCCGACCCAGCACCCGCUCCCUGCACUCAUUGCUGCUGCUCCAGGGACUUGUUGCAGGCAAAAAACGAGGAGGGCUUUCUGUGAGCGGACCAGCACGGUCCCGCCAAUCCGGUCCCAACCUGGCAGGGAAUGAUCAGUGGAAUGAAUGUGAUCGAGAGGUGCAUCAGCUAUUGCCAGAUAAAGUGAAGAAUGAAUAUUUGAAAGGAAACUCUGGGAGUCAAGGCAAACUAAAGAGGCAAAAAGAAAGUCACAUGGUCGAGAAGAGAGAUAAACCCAUUCCUGGCCAAGAGCAGGAUGUCCAUAAACUAGUCCACAUGCAAAGAAUCCACACAGGGGAGAAACCUUUUGAAUGCUCAGUGUGUGGAAAGAGAUUCAGUUGCAGUGGCAUUCUUCAAAAUCAUGUAAGAACCCACACAGGAGAGAAACCUUUUGAAUGCUCAGAGUGUGGAAAGAGAUUCAGUCUAAGUGGCAAUCUUCAAAGGCAUCUAAGAACCCACACAGGAGAGAAACCUUUUGAAUGCUCCGAGUGUGGAAAGAGAUUCCGUUGCAGUAGCAGUCUUCAAAAUCAUGUAAGAACCCACACAGGAGAGAAACCUUUUGAAUGCUCAGAGUGUGGAAAGAGAUUCAGUCAUAGUGGCGCUCUUCAGCUGCAUCAAAGAACGCACACAGGGGAGAAACCUUUUGAAUGCUCAGAGUGUGGAAAGAGAUUCAGUGACAGUGGCAGUCUUCAAAGGCAUCAAAGAACCCACACAGGGGAGAAACCUUUUGAAUGCUCAGAGUGUGGAAAGAGAUUCAGUUGCAGUGGCACUCUUCAGCUUCAUGUAAGAACCCACACAGGAGAGAAACCUUUCGAAUGUUCAGAGUGUGGAAAGAGAUUUACUAGCAGUAGCAAUCUUCAAAGUCAUGAAAGAACCCACACAGGAGAGAAACCUUUUGAAUGCUCUGAGUGUGGAAAGAGAUUUAAUAGCAGUGGCAAUCUUCAAAGGCAUUUAAGAACCCACACAGGAGAGAAACCUUUUGAAUGCUCAGAGUGUGGAAAAAGAUUUACUAGCAGUGGCACUCUUCAAAGUCAUGUACGAAUCCACACAGGAGAGAAACCUUUUGAAUGCUCAGAGUGUGGAAAGAGAUUUACUAGCAGUGGCACUCUUCAAAGUCAUGUAAGAACCCACACAGGAGAGAAACCUUAUGAAUGCUCAGAGUGUGGAAAGAGAUUUACUAGCAGUGGCAAUCUUCAGCAGCAUCAAAGAAUACACACAGGGAAGAAACCUUUUGAAUGCUCAGAGUGUGGAAAGAGAUUCAGUUGCAGUGGCACUCUUCAAAGUCAUGUAAGAACCCACACAGGGGAGAAACCUUUUGAAUGCUCAGAGUGUGGAAAGAGAUUCAGUUUCAGUGGCACUCUUCAAAGUCAUGUAAGAACCCACACAGGGGAGAAACCUUUUGAAUGCUCCGAGUGU